AUGACAGACGCUAAUACGCCCACUACAGAUGAAAAAAUAAGCGAAGAUUUUUUAUACUUUUUAGGUUUUUUCAAAGAAGCGUACGACUCGUUGAAGAAAGACGGCGAAAAAGAAAUAUGUAAGAAAUGGUUAGACAAACUGGUAGUCGGUCCGCACAAGACUACGUCGGAAAGACAGAUACGCAACAUAUAUCUGUCACAGUUGAUAUUGAGCAUAAAUGAAAGGAAGCUCAGACCACCGUUCAACGUGCCUCCCGAACAAGGGCCACUGUCGUUGGACGGCGUUUUCCAAGACAUAAUGGCCAAACCGGAAACGGCGAUAAAACAAGAGAACGAAAUGAACAAGGCCAAAGAACAAUGGGCGGAAUUCGUGCGGGACAGAGAGUUGGAGAUGAUCGAUCUGAGUCACUUAUCCAAGGACGGGCGCACUUUCGUGGCGUGCAAGACUCUGCCUAAAAACGCGGGUGUCUUUACUUAUGUGGCCGUAUCAAUGGGCGGAGAUGCGGAUUGUGGAUGGGUCAACACGCAAGGCAGGCCUAUAGCCGCGCCUGAAAUCAGGAUGUCCGACAUGAAGGUGGAGACCGCCAAAGAAACAGAAAACAAUUGUUUUUCACAGAAUAACAACGUGCAGAAAAUUACAGCCGAAGUCAGGUCGGUGUUGGCCAAGCGAAAGCCGCCGGAAGCCCGGAUGUUUACCUACCAGUUCUACAAGAGCAUGUACGACAGCAUAGAGCAGGAAAUGCUCAGCGAACAAGACCCCAAUAGCUCGGCCUGUCACGACCCGUACAUCGAAAAGAUGCUUGAAAUGCUCACGUCCGACAUUCAAGCAUGUGGCAAAGCCAGUCCGCAAAUGUUCAAUCGCAUGAAAAUGCUUUCAAUGUUGAAAAAACGAGUUAAGGCCAUGCUGCAAAACAUAGAGAAACGCAACAGCAAUUUGUCUUCAAUCGAAGCGUCCUCGUCCAGUCCCACCAUGGCUCUCACCAAUCCGGCAUCGAGCUGCUCGAACGCCAUGUCAGAAAUGAUGUGGCAGGAAGCCCUGCUGGAGAAACCAACCAGCAAGGUGGCCGAAGCGCUGGCCAAGACAUAUCCAGUGUGUUUGGUCAAAACUUUAUUGGCGCUUUUGGCACGUGAACGCAGGAAGAUCAUCAACCGCAUGAAGGAAAGACAGGAAAAGCUAAUAGUGGCUAUGAAAAGGGAUUUACAAGACGAGAUCAGACGCGGCAUAGAUGCGUACAAGGUGGCUAGAAUGGAAUGGGUGAACGUCAUGAGAAUUGUGCUGCAUUACAACAAGCUGAAGGGCGCGUUGACGGACAAAGAGCUGGGCGAUUCGUCGGAUAAAAAAGGCGAGUACUUGCAGGAGACGAUCCGUAAGGAAAUCGAAAACACUAAGAAGCGUUUGGACGUGGCCAACCAGAAGAACGACACGCUGCAGGAGGACAUUUGUGAACUGAACAAAACCUUGCACGAACUCACGGAGAAGGUGGAAGUUGAAGAACAACAAGCCAUCGAUCAGCUUCGUGACCUCAAGAACGAGAUAUGCAGCGAGAAAAGUUCCAUUGUACAGAGAACUCAGACCAUCGAGGAGCUAGAGAGAAUGCUGAAGGAAAUACAAAAAUAACCAUCCUAAUGAGUGGACAGACAUCAAAUAAUACUUACACUACACUUCAUACACACUACACACUAAUUUCAAAAAUA